UAUAUCUUAAGUCGAUCGAAUACAGUUAGUCUAUCUUAGUGUUUCAUAAAGACCACACCUUUAAGAUGUUUAAAAAAAUAUUUUUAAGUUUAUUAGUGUUACAUACGUGUAAUCUAGUAUGUAGUAAACGCAAUUGCAAUGAUUGUCAAAUUUACUACACAUGCAAGGCAGCACUUGAUCACGCUCGUUUGAAGCAAAACGAUGAAACAAAACAGCUAUUUGAGAGAGCCGUGUGUGGAACAGAAAUAGAAGACGGAGACUCCAUAGUUAAGGUAUGCUGCUCAGACUUUCCCAGCUUAAAUGAUAGACCGAAACCAACUCCACCGGCCAAAAAUAUAGAAAAUAGAUGGUCAGGAAUGAAUAAAGAAAACUUGCUGCCGGAUAGAUGUGGCAGCAUUUUGGGAAAUCGAAUUUUUGGCGGCAGAAAGGCCAAACUAUACGAAUUUCCAUGGAUGGUACUGAUAUCUUAUAAAACACGCGAAGGUCCCCAAUUUCAAUGUGGCGGAACUAUCAUUAACUCCAAAUAUAUUCUGACAGCGGCUCAUUGUGUCGUUGAUAAGAAAAUCGAAGGUGUCAGAAUAGGAGAGUUCGACAUUAAUACGGACAGAGACUGCGAAUAUGAACCGGAUAAAGUUAUCUGUGAAGAUCAUAUUCAGGAUAUGUAUGUCAAAGAAAAAAUACCACAUGAAAAUUACCAAAGAUCACCAACCUCAAAUGACAUCGCGUUGCUGCGAGUAGACGGCGAGAUCCUCUUAAACUACACAAACGUGGAACCAAUCUGUCUGCCAGUAUCCUCUUCGCUACGUAGGAAAGGUCUAGAUAACAAAAACGGCACAGUAGCUGGAUGGGGAUACACUGAAACUGGUAGAGAAUCUGCAAUACUGUUGAGAGUCGAAGUUCCUGUGAAAACUGACGCUGAAUGUAAAGGCUACUACAACAGAAAUAACCGGGAUGCCGUUAAGAAACAGUUCUGCGCAGGAGAACUAAAAAAGGACUCUUGUAAUGGUGAUUCCGGAGGACCUCUAAUGAUGAAAGCUAACUACAACGGUGUUAAUAGUUAUGUCCAGUAUGGGAUCGUGUCGCACGGACCAAUGCAAUGUGGAUCGUCGUUCCCAGGCGUCUACACAGAUGUCAGAGAAUACGUUGAUUGGAUAUUAAAUAAUAUUAAAGAAUAUUGCCGCUAUUUAUUAGCUGAUCGUCAUGGGGUGGGUGGACCAGGAGAAGUAUCUACAGAGGAUAGGAAACCGAUUAAAAACCUGGUCUUAAUUGUAGAACAAAUAAAACAAAAUCGUACUUCUUACAUCGAAUCAUUGUUCUUAGUCGGCUCUAAGGAUCCGUCUAGAACGCAUGUAAUAAUGUUGAUCAAAAAGCUAUUGUUUAGUAUACUAGUGCUACAGAUAAAUGAAGUUCUAUCAAAGAAAAAUUGCAAUGACUGUCAACUAUUAACCACAUGCAAAGAAGCCAUGAACCUUUAUCGCUUUAAACAGGAUCAUGAUACAAGGAAGCUUUUCUUGAAUGCCUUUUGUGGUUGGGAAACUGACGACGAUGAAAUGCGCCCUAAGGUAUGCUGCUCAGACUUCCAACCACUCUUUAAACGGCCUUUAGACCAAACAAACGAUUCAGCUGCGAGGUUAUUACCGAAAAAGUGUGGAACUAUUUUGUCCUCUAGGCUUCUUGGAGGCCAAAGAAGUGUUCCUAAUCAAUAUUCAUGGACAGCCUUAAUCGCCUACAAAACACGAGACGGACCUCAAUUCCAGUGUGGUGGAAGUGUCAUAAACUCAAAAUAUAUUCUGACAGCGGCUCACUGCGUUCUGGACAAAGAGAUAGAAGGCGUGAGAAUAGGAGAAUAUGACACCACAACAGAUAGAGACUGCGACUACUCACCAUUGUAUUCGUGUGCUGAUCAUGUUCAGGAUUUCCAUGUCGAAACGCUUAUCCCUCAUGAAAAGUAUGACAAAUCAACACAUUUAAACGACAUUGCUUUAUUGAGACUCGGAGGCGAGAUCGACUUUAAUAACACUUAUAUAGAACCAAUCUGUCUACCAACAUCUGCAGCACUGCGUAGCAAAGACCUGGAUAAUACAAGUGGUGUCGUAGCUGGUUGGGGCUAUACAGAAAGAGGCCAAGAAUUUUCUGUGUUACAACAUCGUGAAAUGCACCUUAUUACUAGCGCCGAGUGCUCAAAUUUGUAUAACAGAUAUAAACAUGAUCCUAUAAAUCAGUUCUGCGCCGGAAAUCUGAAUGAGAAUUCUUGUAUUGGAGACUCGGGUGGUCCCAUCAUAAUAGCAAAUGAUUAUAAUGGCACCUAUCGUUAUGUUCAAUAUGGUAUUAGCUCGUUUGGACCAGUGUCAUGUGGAAAUCAUUUUCCAGCUGUAUUUACUGAUGUUAGAAAAUACGUUGAUUGGAUUUUAGAUCAUAUAAGAGAAUAAUUUUACUGUUUUUUUUAUUAAAUUACAAACAUAUGA